GAGGAUUUGUUUUGUGUAACAGAAGCGAAGCCUUCAGAAAUCGAGAAAGGCAUAUGGCAAAAUAUGGUCGAAUUAGACAGUACAUGCUCGACGAAUCGUAAACGGAAGAGGGAAGAAUAUUUCUUUGAUUAUGUAUAUGGCGCUGUAUCAACCAGAGACCACUGGAUAUUUACAGUCUUCACCUCCGAAUUGGAAAUGGCUGCAACAUCUCGAAGUCCACGACUAUUGAAUAUAAUAGCCGAAGAACCUGAUCAUAAACAGCUCAAGCAGCAAGUUGCGGAAUUGUUCGCGAUAAUCGGUGGCUUGCUGCAAGAUAAAAUUAACACUGCCUUGCUUGAUCCGAAGCAGAAGAGAGAGAGGGCACAGAAGCUUUUUGCAAGUAAGAAGCGAAAGACGAUUAUUGAAUAA